GUCGUAAUGUCGACUUAAAUUUUACAUUUGUUGCAUUUUAGUGGAAUAGAUGGUAGACAAAUUUUGAAAACGAAAGUAUUUUUAGUUGUCAACACUAUUUGCCUUGCCUGGCGUUGAUCUAUUUCCGGGAAAAAAAGUUAUUUCGGUGGAAAUAAUUUUAAAAAGGUGAUUUUGAUAGAUAGAUAGAUCUGCAUAGAUCUAGAUUAGAUUCAAACACAUGAGAGCCUCAUCCUCUUGCUGAGAUAUUCCUCACCAGUCCUAACCACAAUUUGACUUGGAAAGAAAACAUUAAGCAAAGAAUAAUUGACAGAAAAAGAUUUAAUCCUAGACUAGAUGAUGUUUAUAUAGAUCUAUUUAAGAACACAAAAGAAUGGGUUUAAAAAAAAAAGUAUGCAUUGUUUGGAUAAUUCUGUCAUAUGCAGUAACUUAUUCUUAUUCUCAGAAUAUAUUUUCUUGUGGAAAAUAUUGCUCUUGCGAGUCAAACAAAGAUGGCAAUACUAUUGCAAAUUGCUCAUUAAGAAAUCUAAAAGCUAUUCCAUUGGACCUCCCCAACUACAUAACAGAUCUGAAUCUUUCAUGGAACCAGAUUAAUCUCCAAAGUGCCUUACAUCCACCAUUGUGUACAAUAUAUGGUAACUUGAGCACACUUACUUUGGCAUGGAACAAUAUUGAAAAAAUGUCUCAAGUGUUGACAGGAUGUGAUAAGCUUGUUCAGCUUGAUUUGACUGGCAAUAAGUUACAGAGCCUAAAUGCUAAAACAUUUCUGGGCCUUGGAAAACUUGUAACAUUACAGGGCUUAGAGGUAGCUAACAUAGAAGCUGAGACCUUCAAGAGGGUCCCUAAUCUACAGAGUCUGAACUUUACUUAUUAUGGCACUUUUCCAAAUCUGCGAUUGUUUAAAGAUUUGCACUAUCUGAGAGAGUUAGAAAUUUACUUUGAAAAAAUAGCUCGUCCUGAUGCUACAUUAUUUCAUUUUGAAAGAAAUAAUUCUUUGAAGAUCCUCAAACUGAAUAGCCCACUUGUGAAGUUUUUCCCCAAUACAUUGCUUAGUGGAUUGAAAAGUCUUGAAUAUUUGAGCUUUAGUGCUCCAAGUUUGUCUUUAUUCACUCUAGCCAAAGAAGGAAAACCUUUACAACUUAAGAGAUUAGAGAUCUUCAAUGUAAGAAAAGUAGACCCAGAGCUGUUGAGUGGAAUGUCUCAAUUAGAAGUACUGAAGCUGCAUAGUGUCAAGAAUACAGAUAAAUUGAAACUUGUUCCCUCAAUCAGGGAUCUGGAGGUGUUUGAGACUACCAUGAACUCAAUCCCAGACAAUUGGUUAUUCAAUUUGACUUUCCUUGUGAGAUUGAACCUGAGUGAAAUUCCUUUAGACAAAAUUGAACACAAAGAUAUUCUUCAUCUCAAAUCUCUGAAGUUUUUGGAGAUCUCUGGGAAUGCAAUGACAGUAUUACCUAGUAAUUUUCUGGAACCAUUAAAACUUAGCUUAGAAAAGUUUCAAAUGCAUCACUGCGACCUGUCCAAAUUAGACGACAAUGCUAUCAGUAGCAUGAUGGUUCUACAGGAGAUUGACCUUAGCAACAACUACAUAGAAUGGAUUGGUGAGGGCAACUUUGUGAAUAUACCAUACCUAAGGAAACUGAAUCUGCAGAACAAUAUUAUCCACUCAAUGCAAAUUAAUAAAGGCUGGUUUACCACAGCCAGUGAACUAAGGGAGAUAAACCUUUCCAAUAAUAAUUUAAAUAAUUUUCCUGAAGCACUGCUAGACACAAAUUUAACAGAGUUGGCACUUGCCGGUAAUAACAUCAGUGUUUUGCCUGCUCAAAAAUUGUGUGGCUUGGAAAGUUUAUCAGUUCUAAUUCUUGCAGACAACCCCAUUCAUUGUGACCUCUCUACUGAGAAGUUGCUAAAUUGUCUGCCAGGUCUUCAAGUUGAUGGUAAAUGUGAAACCCCUUCGAAUGUAAGAAACUGCAAGAUCAGUGAGCUAGAGAUAUGUUUGCACAAAUUAAGCUCAACUUCAGUGACAUCUGAGCCAACGUCUACAGAGACGAAAAACUCUACAAAAAAGAGAGUGAUGAAUAUGAUUCAGCAAGACACAGAGUCAGAUGUAAUAGUAAGGCCUAUAGUUACUUUACGCUAUGAUGAAGCUGUAGCUAAUAGUAAAAGUGAAGUGAUACAGCCAUCAAUUAGCACUGCAGACAAUGUAGAAAUCGCAAAGCUUUUUGGUAAUGAGGCCAAUAGAAACACUGUUAUUUCUGAUCAACUGCUUCAAAAGAAACAGAAAGAAAAUAUGAAAAAUGAUUCUGACACAACAAGCAACAACACUGUACAUAAUGCAAUGAACAAGUCAAAUGUUGCUACUAGUAAUAUAUCUGAUGAAGAUACAGAAACUUUUUCCCUACAGGCUCAGAAGGUGAAUAAUUCACAAAUUGAACCUUUAAGCCAACUUCAGAGCAAUAUGAACAACUCUUUAAAUGAUAGCACUACAGUUAGCAAUUCAUUUCAGAGCAAAUAUAUUAAUAUGAAUAACUCUGUAACUGAUAGUGCCUCAAGUAACAUUACAUCUCAGAGCAAUUAUAUCAGCGUGAACAACUUCACAACAGAAAGGUUUACAGUUGACAAUACGUCUCAGAGCACAAAUAUAAGCAUUAGCAACUUUACAACUAACAGUGCUACAGGUGACAUCAAUAUCCUAAUAAAAUUUGAACAGUCUUCCAAUCAACAAAUCUAUAUUCAAGGUAAAAAUGAUUCUUUCCUUAAUAUCAAUGACAGUCUAAUUCCAAUUAAUUUGAAUGAUAGCACUACAGUUAGCAAUUCAUUUCAGAGCAAAUUUAUUAAGAUGAAUAACUCUGUAAUAGAUAGUGCCUCAAGUAGCAUUACAUCUCAGAGCAAUUAUAUCAGCGUGAACAACUUCACAACAGAAAGGUUUACAGUUGGCAAUACAUCUCAGAGCACAAAUAUAAGCAUUAGCAACUUUACAACUAACAGUGCUACAGGUGACGUCAAUAUUCUAAUAUUUGAACAGUCUUCCAAUCAACAAAUCUAUAUCCAAGGUAAAAAUGAUCCUUUCCUUAAUAUCAAUGACAGUCUAAUUCCAAUUAAGACACAGGAAUAUAAUGACACACUGAACAACACUAAAGUCAACUUAGUCGCUGAAAUGGAUCAAGUAUCAAAACCAUUUGAAGACCUUUCAACUAAUACAGCAGGAAAUAAAACCAUCCUUAACAGUACUUUUUCUUUGUUAACAGGCAUUGCCAAUGUAUCAAUGGACAUUGCACAGAAAGAAAAUAUGAAAAAUGAUUCUGACACAACAAGCAACAACACUGUACAUAAUGCAAUGAACAAGUCAAAUGUUGCUACUAGUAAUAUAUCUGAUGAAGAUACAGAAACAUUUUCCCUACAGGCUCAGAAGGUGAAUAAUUCACAAAUUGAAACUUUAAGCCAACUUCAGAGCAAUAUGAACAACUCUUUAAAUGAUAGCACUACAGUUAGCAAUUCAUUUCAGAGCAAAUAUAUUAAUAUGAAUAACUUUGUAACUGAUAGUGCCUCAAGUAACAUUACAUCUCAGAGCAAUUAUAUCAGCGUGAACAACUUCACAACAGAAAGGUUUACAGUUGACAAUACGUCUCAGAGCACAAAUAUAAGCAUUAGCAACUUUACAACUAACAGUGCUACAGGUGACGUCAAUAUCCUAAUAAAAUUUGAACAGUCUUCCAAUCAACAAAUCUAUAUCCAAGGUAAAAAUGAUUCUUUCCUUAAUAUCAAUGACAGUCUAAUUCCAAUUAAGACACAGGAAUAUAAUGACACACUGAACAACACUAAAGUCAACUUAGUCGCUGAAAUGGAUCAAGUAUCAAAACCAUUUGAAGACCUUUCAACUAAUACAGCAGGAAAUAAAACCAUCCUUAACAAUACUUUUUCUUUGUUAGCAGGUACUGCCAAUGUAUCAAUGGACAUUGCACUGGGUGACAACAUUAAUAAGCUAUCACUGGGCUCACAGUCUAAAGUUAGCAAAGAGAAUGAUCAGCCGAAAUGGAAUGCUUCUAAUAUCACUUUAGAUAUUACCAGUUCCAAGCCUUUUACAGCCAAUAAAAAUAUGAGUAUCUAUGGCAUUAAAAGUGUUCAUAACACACUCUUUCAAGUUAAUACAUCAGAAGCUGAGAACCCUGGAAAAGAGUUAAAACAAUCAUUUAAAAGUGAUUUACAGAAUAUGAGUAUUAUUAAUGAAAGCACUGCUACACCAUUUAAAAAUGUUCACACGUUUCAGUCUUAUACAAAAACCACUAACAAUAAUGUACCAAUGGCUGAUUGGUUAACACUAAGUUCUUCUGUGAAGGAAAACUUAGUAUUGAAAAAUGAUUCAGAAAUGGAGGGUGGUAUAAAUCAAGUCAUUCAGCAUACACAAGGUUCUUACCUGUCUAGAAGUAAAGGUGUUGAGAAGACUUCACCUAAUUCAGACAGUAAACCAACACUGCACUCACAAGAUAUUAAAUCCCAAUCUUUGUCGAACAUAGAAGCUCUAUCAAAUAACUCUUAUGGUCCCAGCAGCACACCAUCAGAGUCAAUUUUUGGGCCAGAUAGCCAGAUAAAGAUACCAGCCAAAGAGCCAGUGCCUGUCCACAUCAAAGAAGUUGAGCACACUGAGUCUCCAUUGGGUAGUCUUAUUGCAACUCUAAUAGUGGUUACUCUUUUGAUUCUCAUAAUGGGAGGAGGCUUCCUUUGGUUCAAGAAACACUGGCAGACUGGAUCCUAUAAUGCUGCCACUAGAGGAUCAGGACAAGUGGACCAAGUAAACAUUUCAUUGGCUUCAAUCAAUCCAACGAGUUAGGUUAACAUAGUGCACACAUAGUUUACACUCAUCAAAGUAAGUAGGUUUCAAAUAUGUGUUCCAAGUUAGGUAAAGUGUAGUUUAGGGAAAAAAAAGAUUUUUCUUUUAGAAGCUUAAAACGUGCAAACACUUUAAUAUAUGUUAGUGUGUUAUGAUCAAUAGAAGCUAGGCUGAUUUUGAAUUAUUUUUUAUUUUUUUUGUAAUCAAGUUCAAAAGUAAAAUUAAAACAAUAUUUCUAUAGUUUAUUCACAUUUAUAGAUGUUAAAUAGAGAUGAAAUGCAGUAUUUAUAAAUAUACAUUCCCAUAUUUUUAAUUUAAUAUUUUAAUAGGAAAAGAUCUAAGUUAUAUUUAUUUUUACCAUGCAAUGUAUUUUUAUUCUACAGAAUUACUUCUUCCUUUUUUUUUUAUCUCACAAGUUUGCCAAUUCUUUUAAUGUAGGACACAAUCUUAUAUUUGUACAUUUGGUUUAUUUCAUUUUUAUAGAAAUUUGGCUCUGUUAACCACAGAUGAUUGUUAAUACUGCUGGAAUAUUUUGUUUUUAGAUCAAGUUUCAUCAUUGUUUUAUACAUUCAUUUUGUAAUGGAUUCCUUUUAAAUAUUGAUUCAUUUUAGAUGCCAUACAAAUAUGUCCACAACUUUUUAAAAAUGUGAUUGCGAAUGUUUCUUUAAAAUAUUUAUUACAAAAAGAUUGAAAACCAUUUAUUUCACAUGAAAGUUAAGUAAAAGGUUCCUACUUAGCCAAACAUUAAUUGCUGAGUACUUAAGAAAGCAUUGUUAUAGAUUUGCAUUUGUAUUGCUUUUUUAAUAGCGAAAGAAAAUUAUUUUAAAAAUAUAUCUAUUUACACAUUUCUAGAUUGUAGUAAAAAAUGUUUUCAAGGAA